CGACCAUCUAUUUUUGCUAAACAACAUUCGCUUGUUACCGUUCGAGGCUGGUUCUCAUUUUCACUGUCGUUACAAUGCACGCAACUACCUCUACCGCCCUCGCCACUUUGGCUUUCGCACUAGGCGCGGCCGCCGAUGACUACGCUUUCGGCAAGACCUUCUACCUGGGCCCGACCAGCGGUGACGCCUACAUCACCAAGGCGACUUACUCGGUCGCUGCGCCGCCCGUUCCUUGCAACUACGGUGACAGCACCGCCAGCAACCCUAUCUGGAUGUCGUUCUGGAUCGGCUUUGCCGAGGAUGUUUCCGACAGCAGCAAGCCCUUCGUGCAGCCGUACUUCAACUGGGCGCCGGAUCAGGAGUCUCAGGGCUGCCCAGCGUCGAACGAUGCGUGGUGUGUCACUGCUAGCACGUACUUCGAGUCCGGGCAGAAGGGUCAAGACUACGUCGCCGUUCCUAAGAACGCGAACCUUGACUUCGAGGUCACCUCCGAUGGCAAGGGCACCAUUGAACAGACCGUUACUAUGAACGGAAAGGUCGUUUCCCAGCAGUCUGAUGACGUUGGUUUCAACCCGACGUGGUUCUUCGGCAGCAACGAGUGCUACUCGGAUGACUGCGGCACGCUCAACAGCUACGAAUGGACCGACGUCGUCAUCAACCUCAGCGCCGCUGACAAGGCUUUCGCUGACACGCUCUCCGCCGACGGCGUCAUCAUCGAGGGCCUUUCCUCCUCCGAUGGCAAGGUCUGGAAGGCUGACUCUAUCAAGGUCUCUAAGGACCACUUCCCGGCCAGCGAGUCCUCGAGCGAGACCUGCAGCUAGAGUUUAGUAGUUUGAUGGC